AUGAAAAUUUUGCUUCAGGUUAUUUGCACUAUUUUUAAAAACUUGACGUCUUUAUUUGCACACAUUACUGAUAAUUCUGAUUUAGUUCGGUCAUUUACUACUCCAGGAAUUCCAGCUGCAAUUGAUACGUAUUAUCCAAGAAAUAUAAACUCGAAUCAAAAUGUUCGAACAGAAAGUUAUGAAGAACCAGACCCGAUUGCUUCAUUAUUACAACAAAGACAUCACAAAGUCCAAGGAAUUCCUUCACUGAAAUCUUUGUUUGUGCCUGAAUCGUCAAAAAAUUCAACAAUAAAUAGAAAUUCAAGCUAUUCAUCAGGAGAAGGUUUUAGUCUCACUCCUCAAAUGCAUUUGAUUAGCACUAGUUCUGAACGAGAUCAGAGGAAAGGUUCCAGACUUAAACGAUUGUUAGGGAUUCCUAUGACAAAAGAAUUGUGGUUAGAAACUGCAACUGGACGUUUAUCCUUUGAUGGGGGACAAAUUGUUAAUAGACUUGAAGAAAAUCGUACAUAUUAUUACAAUAUUUCAACUCUCCGUGUUUCAUUUGAAAUGCCAUCUCCACUUACUGCUAUCAUUCGACAACAAACUGAAAUUCGAAAAAUGCUAGAUAUGGCAAGUUUUUUUGAUUCUUUAACAAAUAAAUGUUUUCUUUAG